AUGGCGGAAAGAAGUCCUGGUGAUGACCCUGGAGGUGGACUAGCACAAGAUAGGGGCAGACAACUCCGGCUGACGGAUUUUUGGAAGGCCCUCCCUUCCUCAGUGCCGGCAGUGUCCAUGGGAGACAUUAUGGAGGAGGGGGUAAGUGGUUUUGCGGCCAUUACAGGGGUGGCAAGGAAAUCAUAUGCCUCCAUUGUUGGUUCAGAAGAGCUUGCUUUGGAUAAAGGGAUACAGAGUGGGAAUCACCCUGCUCAAAAAUCGUUUGCCAAGACAGUAGAUAUAGUUUUUCCAGUGGUGGAUGAUCUACCUGAGCCCGUUCAUGCCGGAAACUCAACGAAAGUGAUCAUACCUCAUGAGGAGUAUGAGGAUCGCUUACACAAGUACAAAUUUGCCCUGAUCGAUCGUAUCAAUUUUCGUUUUAUCUCACUGGAUGACAUUCGCAAAGAAGCCAGGGAGAUUUGGAAAUUGAAAGGAAAGGUGCUCUAUGAGGACUCUCUGGGGCAACGCGGCUUCUGCAAAAAGCUGGGGCAUCAAGUGCAUGCAUGCCGUGAAAAGAAGGCUCAUGAUGAGAAGCAGAAUUCUCUGGACAAGGCGGGCCUUCCUGGAGUGUUUCAAAACGCUGAAGGGGGAGGGAUUGAAUCCGUACCUACCACCAUUAGUUCCUCUCGAUUUCCUUCUAUUGAGAGGGGAGAGAUCCUAAUUGAUUUGAUUGCUUCAAAUCACAAUCCUGCCCACACCAAUUCGGGUAAGCAAAUAUUAUCACAGGAUAAGGAGGUGGGUGGCAUGGAAACCAUUCCAAAGGAGUUGGCGCAGGAAGGAGAGGAAUCCAAUACGGAUUCUUCGGAUAAUGAUGACUCAGAUUCAACUGAGGAUGAUGUGGACCGGUCUGGUUCAGAUUUAGGUUCUGAGAUGGAAUCGGACCCAGGCCAACUUGAUGCGGUUGAUGGAGGAGAACCAAACCAGACUAGGAUUCACUCUAACGAUGAACCAGCCGCGAUGCCGCCUAAGGACGACUGCGCCAUGGUGACUCAGGGUGUUGUGAGAGUUUCAUCGAGACCCAAAAGGUCAGGGACAGCUUUAGGGAGCUCACGUGGUGGGUUGGCAAGUAAAGGUGGCCGUUCCAACGACAACGGAAUGCCCAUGUCUUCAUCGACUGCUACUUUGAGUAGAAGGGAGAUGGCUAGGAUUGGGGCUCUGGUUGUGGAUAAAGUGGUGGCAUUGGGAGUUAAGAAGGCAGCGUCUGCUAGAGCGUUGCAAAAAUUUUUGCGUGACCUCACCCUAGAGGUGGUCUUUAUAGCGGAACCCAUAGUGGACUCUUUAUCCUUCCCUUAUGCCCUUUUUGAUCGCCUUGGCUUCAGGGCAGAAUUAAUUCAUAAUUCUCGUCGUGACAAGGUUCCUAAUCUUUGGAUUAUUUGGAAAAAUUCCUUAAGGCGCCUGGUGGUCAUUCAGUCCUCGAAGCAGCUGAUCUCAGUCUCUCUGGAAUGUAAUGGUCAGAUGGUGUUGGUGUCUAUGAUUCAUGCCUCUUGCUUUAGGGCUGAGCGUCGGAAUUUAUGGAUGGAUUUGGUUGCAUUAGCCGCCUCCUCCCUUCCAUGGGCAGUCAUUGGUGACUUUAAUGCCACACUCUACUCCCAUGAGAAGUGGGUCCAGGUCCUCCAUCGAUCAGUGUCGGACCAUGCACCUAUUUUACUCUCUUCAGCGGUAGCGCCUAAGUCUAGGAAUGCCCCUUCUCGCUUCCAUCGUUUUUGGAUGGAUGAUGGGUCUUUUGAGGAGCUCGUGAGGGAGGUGUGGCAUAGGGACGUAAGGAGGGGCCCAAUUGGAAGGCUGGUCCAGAAAUUAAAGGCUGUGAAGGGUGCGCUUAAGGGGUGGGCAAGACAAAGAUUUCCAAAUGCUAAUUUUGCCCUCAAGGAAGCUACUGAUGUGGUGGUGGAGGUGCAGCGGUCCAUUGACCAGGUUGGCAUGACGGAUGAAUUGUUUUCCAAGGAAGCAGAGGCAAAAACAAAGCUCUUGAAAGCUGUGGAAUUACAUGAGAAACUUUGGGCAGAGAAAGCCCGUUGUAAGUGGGCUAAAUUAGGUGACAGAAAUUCAAAGUUUUCCCAUUUAUAA